GUCGCCUCAGAUCGCAAGGGGACGCGAGUGUGCGCGCGUCGAGUAGUUCUUUAUUCGCGUUGUCGGUAUUAUCGUUUAGCAAUAUUUUCCGUGUGUCCAAUUGCCCUUAUGGAUAAUUAAUAUUGUACUAUCGAUAUUCAUUUGAUAACCUCGUCUUUAUCGUUCGUGAACACUUUGUGCAUUUAUUGUCAGUGUGUUUGUUGUUAUUACCUCCCGUCUAUGCGCCAACAGUGAGACACUAGAGUGCCGGUAGCAAGGUGUAGACAUGUACCUCGUGGAUUUUGGAAUUUAAAACUUGUGCUGGGUACAUCCAACGGGGUUUUCUUUUUUUUUUGUAUUGUUUGUGAGUGAAAUAUCUAUUAACUGGAGUGAUUGGUGUUACGCGAGGGCUCAAUGUUCACACAGUUUCCGCCAUUUGCGAAUUGAUAUAACCUGUAUUGUCACCACUGGUCGCUAAGACGCUGCUGACAAGCCGCGAUUUACGGUACUGUGUGCUCUGGAAUAGUGCUUGAGGUUAUAUCAACGGUGAUAAACUGUUGUCAAUUUUGACGUUAAUUAACCGCUCCGGGGCGGAAAUAAUCAGUCAAAAUUCGGGUUAAGAACAGAGAACCGUUGCCAUCCUACGCGAUGGAGAUAAGCGACGAGUAUCAGGACAUGGGAAAUCCUGGUGGUGGGGUGGCUAUGGCUAAUAUGCCAUUGGCACAUCAUCGACACACGCCGGAGAGUCCUAUGUCGCAUCAGGAGGAGGAUCUUUCAGAUCCAGACCUGCAGGAUGAGGAAAGUGGUGAGGAGUUACCCCAACAACCAUUACAGGGUAACAAUCAUUCGUCCUCGGAUGCAUCGACGGGUCCGACUGGCACUCCUACACCAUUGACACACUUGAAUAGUUUGAUGAAUGCCCAUCAUCCACAUUUUUUGUCAAAACUUAAGACAGAGCCAACUGACAUGGAUCUCUUGAACAACAAAUCUGGUCUGGAAGCCCUCCAAGCUGCAAUAGGCAGUGGUAGCUUCAACCUCCCAUUCAACUUUCCACCUCCGGCGGCAUUUCUCACCCCCCAGCACCCCAAUAACAAUCCACAAACACCUGGGGGAGGUGGAGGUGGUUCAAACAAUGCUGUAACCUCAUCCGCGAGUUCACACUCCAGUGAGUCAUCUCAAGGCUCAGCGAGAAAUGUCAGUGAUGCUCGCGAGGGCACUGGCCAGUCACAAAACUCCAACAACUCAAACUCCCAUCAACAGACGAGCUGGAGCUUCGAGGAGCAGUUCAAACAGGUGCGUCAGCUGUACGAGAUAAACGACGAUCCAAAGCGCAAGGAAUUUCUCGACGAUCUCUUCAGUUACAUGCAAAAACGCGGUACACCAAUCAAUCGACUACCAAUAAUGGCAAAAUCCGUAUUGGACCUCUACGAACUCUACAAUUUGGUAAUUGCUCGGGGCGGUCUCGUCGACGUAAUCAACAAGAAACUCUGGCAGGAAAUCAUCAAGGGACUCCACCUGCCGUCUAGCAUCACAUCCGCUGCAUUUACCCUGCGAACACAGUACAUGAAAUACUUGUAUCCCUACGAGUGUGAGAAACGAAGACUGUCCACCCCUGCCGAACUUCAAGCGGCCAUUGACGGAAACAGACGCGAGGGACGUCGCAGUAGUUACGGUGCCUACGGAGGAGGUGGGGGUGAUAAUAUGAUGCAGAGAAAUUCUCACACGCCAAGUUCACUCGCCUUGCAUGCUGGAAUGUCACCAUUAUCACUGGUUUCAGCGGUAGGAGGUCAGCAUCACGGUUCACAAUCACUGCUGAAUGGGAGCACAGCACAUACCCCCCUGACGCACCAUCCACAUCAUCCCCAGGGUUUGGGACAACUACCAAAUGGCCCAAUACCGGGGCUAGCUGCGGCUGAACUGGAAGCACGAAUGGCUGAGUACAUAAAGUUAUUCAACAAAGAGUUUCGAACUUCUGGAGCAAGUACACCACCGCCAAUUCACCGACAGGGAAGUGCAUCGCCACCAUCGGGCACACCCCCACGAGACACUGCCAUGGCAGAGAUGUCACGACUGACAUUGUGGAAUCUAUACAAUAAUAAUACAUUAUAUCCGAAUAUGCAUCAACCUCCAGCAUCGCCGCAGCCUUCGCACUCACCACAUCCUCAGGCAACGAGUCCCGAGCCGCAGAGAGAGGCUCUUGAUCUCGGGUUGAGAUCAUCACCAAUGUCUCCAUCGCCAACGAGACAUAGUCCUCAAUCGUCUGGUGGCAAUAUGAGGGUAAAGAAGGACUCAGAAUUGACGGGUAAUAGUGGCCCACCACCACCCAAGAGAACUUUUCCUGACGAUGAUCCAAAUGUUGAGAAAAACGUGUCCGUAGUACCUAGUAGGUCACAUAUACAGAUAACAAAUACGGGAGACGGAAACAAUGGGGACAAUUCACUAACUGUCACUAUGGAAUUAAAUGGCGUUAAGUAUGAGGGAGUUUUAUUUGCCCAGUCACAAGGUAGAACUCCAAACUCAACAAAUAAUAAUACCAAGCAAACGAGGAGUAUUGUAUCGUGAAUUUGUUCAUUUGUAUCAUGAAAACGGGUAUAUUCAUACAAAACUGACUUCAAUUUUAUGUUUAAGUUCAUCUGUGUAAUGAUUAUUGCGAAAUGACGGAGUGUGGGCGAUGUUUUAACUGAUUGGUACAGUUUUUUCUCUAUAGAUUAUCCCAUGAGUGAUUUUUUCCGAAUGAUUAGUGAGGUUUAGAAGUAUUUCAUUCACGAUGUAUGUACUCCUUCUUUUCUAUGCAUUCAAUGAACUUUCGGCUGGGCAGCGAAGUUUGUGGUUGAUUCAUUAUCGUGUGAAUUAACUUUGUACGAUUCUGAUUUAAGUUGUCCUGUGUGUGCAAUCCAAGGAUAAAUAACAGUUGAAUUUUUUUUUCCGUCGCUUUCACGCCUUGCGAUCCUCUUGUUCAGGAACAUUCAACACAGUCGGUUUUUCAUUGAUUAGCGUGUAAUGUCUGUUUGUACUUAAGAGUACAAAUGUUGAGAUACUGAGAGUGGAGAGUUUUCUUGAGGGAGAAUAACAUUCAAUAUAGUAUUAAAACAACGGAACAGUUUUUAUCCGAGUUUUCUGCAUCUUCAGUCUUUUAAGCUGUACCGCCGAAUCAAAAGAAUUUUAAAACCAUCUUAACUUAUUUAUUAUAUUCUCAGUAAUUGUUAGAUGCUCAUGAGAGAAAUAGUGUCAGUUUUCGUGAAUUAAAAUGCAUUUGAUCGUGAAUGAACGUCUCAUUCUCCCACACAUCAUGAUAUAUAUUUUAUGGCAUUUUAUUCACUUUUAAUAAUUGUACAUUCUUUCUACCUUCGACCAACAAUUUAUUAUUAUUAUUUUGAUUGAGAAGAUGGGACUCAUUGAACAGUGAACAAUGAUAUUUUCUAUUCACUGUUUGUGAUCUUGUCUGUUUGAUUAAACAAAAAUUGUAUAUAUAGUCAUCGAAAUAUCAAUAGAGGUUAGUGAAAAAACAAGUAUAUAAUUAAUUGAAGAGGGCCGACGCCCUCAGAGAGCAUAAUGAAUGAUUCUAGAAUUUUUCUUUUCUACGUAAACAAAAAUGCAAGAUUUCACGAUCGAAAUUAUUGAUUCGUGGCUGUAAUUUUUAAUGAAUUCGCACAUAUUUAAAAGUAAGAGAUAUGGAGGAAGAUUAUGACGAAUUUCUUCGUUGCGAUGAAGAUUGAUGGCAAUGUGGUAGAUCAUUCGUUAUCAACGAUAGAAGUUAAUGAAUAUGUCACAAGAUACAAAAGUAGGAUAUAAUUAUCUUCACAUAAUAUAGAUUUAAUGCUCGAAAGAUAUUUAGAUGAAUAAAAUGACGAAAUAAGGAGACUAAAGCAAUAAUUUAUUGCUGCAGAUGAAAAUAAAUAAAUGCAUCAUUCAUUUUAUUCUUCUUUUUUUAUAGUCAUAGAUUGUAGGAUUAUAUGUGUAGGAACAGUAAGAUAUUAGUGUGUAACAAAUAACAGUGGCCGUUGAGAAGUUUGAACAAGUUGCGUAGUUUCACAAGGGUAAAGUGAUGAACUAUUUUUUUUGGCUUCCAGAUGGAACCUUUGUAAUCGUCCAAAUUUGAAUUUUAGUUUUUUUGGAUCAUACGUAUGAACUAUCGUCCAAAAAAUCUAAAAAUAUAAUAAUUUUUAUUAUUUUAAUUUUUAUCGUUUUAUUUUGUCAAUUUUCGAUAUUUUUGAGGGGUAAGCGAAUAUGGGAGAGUUUCUCGUGUGAGUAGAUGCUUUUUCGAGAUGAGUUUAGCCAAAAAGACUGUUAUAUAGGAUGAAUAAUUAGUCUAGAAACAAUUUCUCACUGUAAAACAUUAUUGACAUCACUAAACAUUAAUUGCGUCGCUCUUUUAAACAAAUUCAUUAGAUAUUAUUGUCACUGUUACUCUUAUAUUUUUUCGUUGUAUUAAAUUAAUUAUCAAUGUAAAUUUUAAUUUUCUUCCGUUUUGUUUCUUCAAUGGUUCUGAAAAUUUAUGAUAUGAGGGAUUGUUUUUAGUUACAAAAUUGGAAAUCCAUAAGUUCACUGAAAUUUAUUUAAUUACGAUGAAAUUGUUGUACGUGUGAUUGAUUUAUCGAAUGGAUUUGAAAUUAUUUCUCCAUUAAUUGGUGCUGUAUCUGUGCUCCAUAUUAUUUUUCGCCCAAUAAAAUAAAAUUUACUGAGAAGUUUGGAUAAUUGAUGUAAUUUAUAUAUAAAAGAAUUUCUCGUUUUGGUAAACGAAGAAGAAAAUUCGCUGUGAAACGCAAUAUUUAAAUAGUUGAAGAUGAAUAUUCUUGUCAGACUCGAUUGUGAUUCGAUUGACAGGCAUUCUUUGUAUUUUAGUAAAAGUGUAAGGGCCACUUCUCCUCUUACGUGUGUCAGUAACGCCGGCGGCGCUUAGUUAAAGAAAUAAGACAGAAAUAUGAAAUUUUGAAAAAUUGCAAUUGUACCGCAGAUAGAGGGAAAUUAUAAGAUAAAAUAAAUGUUGUGUAAAUAUACUUCAUUGAAGUGGUAAAAAAAUGAAUAGAUACGAAAAUUCUGAUGACAUUAAACUACUGUAUUUUUAUUUUCAAUUUUCUCAGUUAAGGUAGCUGCUUAGUUAUCAUCUGUAAAUCUAUGUACACGUGUCUCACGAUUAUUAAUAAAAAAAACAACAACAAGCAA